AUGCGCGACGCAGAUGUACUGAAGCGCAUGUUCUUGCUUCUAGAGAACCACGCCAAGCCAACUGGCGAUCCUGACUGUCCCGAAGAAGUGCAAACGGCAAAGCGGAUUCAACGCGACAUCGACCUGUCGGCGUCAGUGCUGUCUCUCGACGACGACUUCGAAGAAGUGUCUGGGGGGUUUCUGUCGUACACGGCGAAAAAGCGUUCGAUCGACAAGUUUAUCGAUGGCGCUGCCGAUGCUGAUGCCAAAACGUCAUCCGAUAUAAUGACAUUGUUUCUACUGAUGGACGAGCUGGCGGCGAAGCGUGAGGAGAGCCGUAUUGAGCGUCAAGAGAAGUACGAGAAGUGCGGGAGGCGCGCCGCGAAGAAAUGCAUCUUCUCAUUAGUAUGA